UUCCGAAGAUGGCCACAGCAGCGUGAGAUCGUUUGUAUCAUAUCCCCAAACCGCUCAAAAACCGAACUCUCCAAACGCAUUCUCCACUCUCGUUCCAUUUCCCCCGAUUCCAUCUUCCUUCUCCCCGGCGAUUCCUGGCGACGGCGAUCGAUCCGUUGCAGCUUCACCUUGCGGCCAUGGAGUCCUCUGCUGCUGCUCUGCGAUCCUUCCACUAUUCUUUUGGUGUCUUAUCACAUGUGAGGUCUUUGCCAGGGAAGACUGGACUGGUCAGUCUGCAUCACUACAAGAAGGCCACUUCAAGCAACAUAAGAGUUCAAGGGUUACCAUAUGGUGGGAACCUUCUCUCUCCUUCCGAAAGGACGAGAGUGGCAGAAAUUUCAUGUAUAGAGUCAUCAGACUCUGCCGUAUCAACCAAGACCAACGUUUCCUCAGAGUGCAUCGGAAGUGUUCCAAUAUCAGUGGAGAAGAGGCCUCUUGAAGGUGCCACUUUUCCAAGUGGAUUUCAGGCGUUGUUACUGGAAGUUUGUGACGAGACCCAGAUUGCUGAACUAAAGCUAAAGGUUGGGAACUUUGAGAUGCAUGUGAAGCGUAAUGUUCGUGCGACAGAAGUCCCUGCACCAGUCAUAGCAUCACCUGUAACAACACCACCUAUUCCAGCUGAGCCUGUUAAAAAAUCGAGCUCUGGUGUUUCACCACCAUCAGCACCAAAACCCUCUUCAGAGAGGGCUGCUCCAUUUAUGAAUGUUACCUUUGGAAAAUCAUCAAAAAUCGAAGCAUUGGAAGCUUCAGGAUCUAGUGGAUAUGUUCUAGUAUCCUCUCCAACGGUUGGCUCCUUCCAAAAGGGGAGAACGGUUAAGGGAAAAAAGCAAGCUCCCAGCUGUAAAGAGGGCGAUUUGAUCAAGGAAGGCCAAGUGAUAGGGUGGUUGGAUCAGUUUGGCACUGAACUUCCUGUGAAAUCAGAUGUCUCGGGAGAAGUUCUAAAGCUCCUGAUUGAUGAUGGAGAAGCUGUUGGUUAUGGAGAUCCUCUUCUUGCUGUAUUGCCGUCAUUUCCUGGCGUUGGCGUCCAGUGAUGCACCGCCACAACAGGAAUGGUUUGGUUGAUGAGGUCUGUCGGUUUUUUACCCCCCUUAAAAUUGGAAGAUAUGCAAUCGGUUUAAAGCAAUUCUAAUUUGCCACGUAGAAAAAUAGAUAUGGGAACUACUGAUUUUGUGUUUGGUUUUCGAAGAAACUCGGGAACUAGGGAUUUGACCACUACCUACUGAAUUUGAAGAGAAAUUCAAGAUAGCUAAUGCUUUACUUA